AUGAGCAAAUCCAUAGCCAGCAAGCUCAUUCUCAAGAACCCUUGUCUUCCUUUGCUAGAAACAUGCAAAAACAUGGCAGAACUCAAGCAAAUCCAUGCUCAGAUAUUCAGAACAGGACUCUCAGAAGACAAUCUAGCAUCAAUGAAGAUCUUAGAAAUCUGUUUGCUCUCGAAUCCGCCCAAUCUCGAUUACGCUCAUCUUGUUUUCGAUCAAAUCGAAGCACCAAACACAUCCAUGUGGAACACCAUCAUUAGAGCCCACUCCAAAGCGCAAAAUUCAAUCAGCGCCGUUGAUUUCUACAAAAAGAUGCUGAAGAGUGGCGCCAGACCGAAUGGCGCUACCCUUUUCUUUGUUUUGAAAGCUUGUGCUGAUCCCGGAAGCUCACGGGUUUUGAUGGGAAUUCACGGUCAGGUUUUCAAGUUGGGCUUCCAUUCGGACAUUUUCAUAUUAAAUUCCUUGAUUCGUGACUAUUCUGUUUGUGGGUCGGUUGAUUAUGCGCGGGGCGUAUUCGAUGAAAUUCCCGAAAGAGAUUUGAUCUCUUGGACUAUUCUUAUCAACAGCUAUGUUCGGAGCAACCGCGCGAGCGAAGCUUUAGUCCUCUUCUUUCUGAUGAGAGAUGAGAAUGUGCGGCCUGAUGAGGUCACGUUUGUUGCGAUCUUCAACGCGUGUUCUCAAUUGGGCGAUUUGAAUUUGGGUCGUAGAUUAGAAAAUCUGGCGCAUGAAAUCGGCAUCGAAUACAACUCUUACGUGAUUAAUUCACUUAUUGAUAUGUAUGCUAAAUGUUGGAACAUCCAUGAAGCACAGAGAUUGUUUGAUAAGAUGGUGGAUAGAAAUGUGGUUUCUUGGAACUCUAUGGUGUCUGGUUAUGCAAGAUGUGGCAAUAUGGAGGCUGCCAGGAGGCUCUUUGAUCAGAUGCCAGAGAAGAACAACGUUUCUUGGAGUGCAUUGCUUAAUGGGUAUGUACAGAAUGAUGCUUUCAACAAAGCAUUGAUGGUGUUUGACGAGAUGCAGGCCAGAGCUGCAGCACCCAAUGAUGCGGCCAUCACAGGUGUUAUUGCAGCCUGUGCCCAUUUGGGUGCUCUAGAAAUGGGUCGGAAAAUUCACGUCUGUUUGGACGAAAGAAAGGUCCGAUCAGAUAUUGUUCUAAGCACCGCGCUUGUGGACAUGUAUGCCAAAUGUGGGUGUGUAGAGAUUUCACGUGCUUUGUUUGAUGGGAUUGAGAAGAAAAAUCUGCCAUCUUAUAAUGCAAUGAUAAUUGGCCUUGCAAUACAUGGAAAAACUUCUGAUUGUCUUGAGAUUUUAUCUGAAAUGGUGAAAGAUGGGAUCAGACCGGAUGGUAUUACCUUCGUUGGUAUCUUGUCUGGGUGUGCACAUGCCGGGUGGUUACAGGAAGGGAAGGAGUAUUUUGAUCGAAUGAGAACCGUCUAUGGGAUUACUCCUCGAACUGAACAUUAUUCGUGCAUGGUCCAUCUGAUGGGUCGUGCUGGACUUGUCAAUGAGGCCUAUGAAUUCAUUAGAUCUUGUCCUCUAAAGCCUGAUGUGGCCAUGUGGGGGGGCCUAUUGAAUGCUUGUAAGGUCCAUGGCAAUGUCGAGGUUGGUGAGUUGGCCUCGAGACGGAUUCUUGAGCUGGAUCCUGGUCAUGGCGGAGCUCACGUGCUGCUGUCUAGUAUAUAUGCUGCGGCUGAUAAGUGGGCCGAAGUUAUGAAAAUCAGGAAGAAGAUGAAAGAGAUUGGGAUUGGGAAUCGGCCCGGGUGGAGUUCGAUUGAGGUUGAUGGGAUGGUUCAUCAAUUCCUUGUUGAGGAUUAUUCGCACUCUAAAAUCGAAGAGAUUUUCUCAACAGUGGGUGCAUUACACUUCCAGAUGGUAUCACAUUUUUCGACAGACUGGAUUGAAUUCAGACAUUGUCAUGGUGGUGGUGGUUGUGAUUGGGCCAUCUUUGAGAAAGGAAACCAGAGAAUGUGCUGCAAAUGA